AUGGACGAAAACGAUGGUAGAAGUUCACAAAAAAAAGACUACUACGCCGUCCUCAACCUCCCGAGAGAUUGCACCACGGAAGACGUCAAACGGAAAUACAAACUUCUCGCGCAAAAAGUCCACCCGGAUAAAGCUGUAUCGAAUAACAACAACGCGGCAAAGAAAUCCUUCGCGUUAAUACACGAAGCGUACCAAAUCUUACACGACGCAGAGAAACGGAAAGUGUACGACAUUUACGGCCACGUAGGAGUGGACGAGUCGACGCAGAGCAAGGAAAUCAUGAGCUACUCGAAACGGAAAACGACGGAGGAAAUGCGAAAGGAAUUCGAGUAUUUCGAACGACAAAAAGCGAGAGAGCGCGCGGAAAGGAAACACCAACAAUCGAGCGGGUACGAGUUUAAAUUCAGUUUUGCACACGCGUUAGAUGAAAGACUGAGAGCGUCGAGAAGGUUAGCGCGAGGCGGGAAGUCCGUGAGGGAACGAUUGAAACGCGUGUUGGGGGACGGCGGCGUCGGCGCGGUGGAAGGGAAAGAAGGCGAGGAGAAACAGAGACAAGCGCUGAGAGCGGUGGAGAAAGCGCUGGGGGAUUUCCACGUGGAAGAUUUGGGGUUGGAUUUUUUGCAAGGGAGCGUGAGCACGUCGAUGAGUGCGACUGUGUCGGAGAGUUUGGACGUGUAUUGUCAAGCGCAAGCGAUGGCGAACGCGGAUGGGAGAGGCGCCGGAGUGUUGUUAGUGGGCGCGAGGAAACAGUUGGGGUUGUGGACGAGCGCGGAUUGGCACAUGCAAAUGCCCUCGCAAAGGAACGGUGGGAUGGAGAUGACUUUGGAGCAGAAAUUGACGAAUAGGACGACUGGGACGAUGACGUGCAAAUACGACUUUGUCGGCGUCGGAGGGUCGUCCGCGGGGGAGGAAACAGAGGACGUUGGCACUGGCGUAGGUUUGUCCGUCGGUUUGAAAAGACAGUUGACGCAUCACGCGGUUGGUAACAUCGAUUGGAACGUAGGACCGAUACCGGGUAUCACGACCGGGUGCAGAGGUAAAGCCGGUGAAAAUGGCGCGUGGAAGUUGGAUUUAAGCGCGGGUGUGCAGAAUUUCGGCUUGACUGGGUCGUAUCAGAGAAAAGUCGUCGACGGGUCUUCGGCGAACGCGAGGCGGCAUUACCCGAACAGCGCGUUGGCGGAACAUACACAAACGAACAAAAUUAAGAAAUAUUCGUUCAAGUUUGGAACGAUGGGUAUUGAAAUUGAAAACGGAACGAACGCCACGUUGAGCGACGACGGCGAAACGAGCAUCGGGUGGGGCGUCUGCGUCGGCGUCGAAGGGUGCGUCUUGAAAAUCAAAUAUCGCCAAAGGAAUCAACAGUUUGAGUUUCCUAUUUUACUCGCCCCGGGUUUGCCGUAUUUAACGAGACGAACGGCGAUUUUGUGCCUAACCAUCCCGAACGCCGUCAUUGGCGUCUUAAGAAACGUGUUCAUUCUCCCUUUAUUGAGACGUAAAAAACGGUUCGAAAAGAAACAAAUGCGUUUGCGAUACGCGUCUGAAAUCGAGGAAAACCGCAAAGACGCGUUGGCGCAACGCGAGCUCGUCGCAAAAUCGGCGGAAGAGAAGAGAGUGUUCGAGCGAGAAAUAGGCGGAUUGGACAUUGAAAAAGCCGUGUACGGCUCGUUUGAAAACGUCGAGUGCGACGUGACGAAAAGAUCGAUGACCUUUCCGGACGAAGAAAAAGAAAAAGAUGAUCGAAAAAACGACGACGACGAAAGGAAGAAGAAAACGAAACCAAAAUCUAGCGAACGAGGACGACAACACAGCGACAUCCUCCGAGACGACGACUCUUGGAUCGACGUCACCGUAGCCUUACGCCACAUGGUCGAACGCUCGCAACUCGAACUCCACGACGGCGUCUCGUACUCCUCUCUUUUGGGUUUCUGCGACGUCGACCCGCUGGAAAAGAAGCACUUAAAAAUUCGGUACCGCUACCGCAGAGCUUUGCACGAAACGUGCGUUCCGCAAGACGUCGGCAUUCAUUUGCCGUACGACGGGCACAGAAUUGCCGAUUCUUUUCAAACGACAGAAGAAGUAGAAAGAAUAUCAACAGAAACAGCAAUUUCGGAAGAAGAAGGAGAAGGAGAAGACAAAGAGGAAGAAGGAGACGUGUAA